AUGUCGCCCACAAAAAUCUGCUCGGGAAAGGGCCCAAUCAUCUCCGCGAGUAGGUUUACUGAUGACGGUCUGAUCUCGGAGGUCUACCUUACCAUUCUUUCGUCAACCACCUUGAACAUAUACCUCCUGAAGCCGAACUGCGGACAAGGGAAUGCCUAUGAUAUUUCAACGGACAGCUGUGGCACCGCAUCACCCCUGUCGCUAAUCGUCACUAACAAACUUGCUGUAACUGAACCAAUGAAUCCUGGCAGGCGUCGCGUGGAAUUUGGUGAUGCCUGGAAAGUUGUACGAGGCUCUCGGUUGGGUUUCUUUGCAACCGGUUCACCCGACAACUCACCACUGCAAUGUUCCAACUCGUCGGGCCAAUCUGAUCGCAUCCUAACCUCAACCAGCUCGGAUCUAAAUGUUGGGGUGCAGGUCUCAGAAAGGCAGAUGGCUGUAACGAAAAAAAAUGUCAAGAUGCUGGCGUUUAGUUAUAAGACUGUGGUGGAAAAGGUCUUUUAUUCCGUUUUUACAACAAUCGGAUCGAAGUCAAUUGGGGUUGUGGUGAGGCCAAAAUUUUACCCCUGUGACAGUGGUGUCGCAACUACCACGUCAACUAUUGUGGAAGUCGUGGAGCCAAUCAAGACGUUGCGGCUAGGAAGCCUUGCAUACCUGAACAAGGCGAAUGCCGCCGUGUUCCUGGAACCACCACCGCCAGCUAUGAAGCCUCCAGCUGAAUAUCAGUGGACGUUUAAGUGCUCAAACACCACAAUCAUUACUACAAUGCACCCUCGAGUGCUCCACCAUUUCGACUCUGCUGUCGACGUUUGCGAUGUGAAUGUGGACGUUUAUCCGUAUGUCGGCAGCAAGCUAACUAUCAAAAGUCAAGUCACAUUGUACCCAGACUUCAGAGUGCUUCCGCUGUCAUUCCGCGACGUUCCCAGGCACACUGUAGAGAAGCUUACCUUGAAGGGGGUAAUUAAUCAGAGUUCAAUGAAGUAUAAUUGGACAAUUGGUGGUGCCAAGUAUUUCACAACACAGCCGGAGGUGAGUCACACUUUUGCGGAGCUUGGAACCAUUCCCAUUACGGUGGCGAUCAGCAAUCCGGCGAAAGCGAAGACCCUUAGAACGUAUGUUUUGGUCUACGAAAUUAUAACAGGUCUCAGGUUAAAAUUUCCCUCCUGCAAAGUUAAUGAAUGUAACAUCGUCUUUGUUUACGACGAGGGAACAAUAAUGGAAGCGCAGGUUGAAAUUGACAAUACCAGUGUUGCUGUCACGCAUGUCGGAAAAACCAUUUCUGCCAGAGCCCUCCAAACAAAACCACUGCAUACAUUCAAGCUAGAAGUCAGGGGAUAUGGGGGACAGGUCGAGCAUCUAACUGGCAAUGUCAGCGAAGAAUAUCCUGUGAGCUUUGUCUCCAUUGAGACCUCAGAAAGGAGGAUAAAGGUUAGAGAGAUGGUGCGAAUUAAUUUAUUGGUGUUGGGAGGUACAGCAGGAAUUGUUACAUUCUCUACACCUCUGAACUUAAAAUACAAUUUCCACUUCAAGCCAAAUGAGUCGAUGCACAUCAACAAAUCAUACGACUUCUCAUUCUCCUUCGAAGGAGCUAAAAAGUUCUGCAUUCAAGCCGUAUCAGCCGAUAGAGAAAUGGAGGCAUGUAUCGUCGUGUAUGUCCUACUCCGUGAUCGGUUAGUGUAUAAACUUGAACCCUCUCACAAGGUGGUGGGUACAGUAUGGCAAGAACUAACCUGGACCUUAAAAACCGUAGUGGGACCAUUUAUUGAAGGAAUGGCAGCCACAAUCCAUUGGAAUGACGGGACGCCUACUCAGCAAAUUCAGGACUUGAGUUUCCUCAAACCAUUGAGGCAUUCGUUUACGUCGCCAGGAUUCUACCAGUUCAAGGUCACGCUUAUCGAUCCGCCUGCUCCAGAUAUGAUUCUGUUUGGGGAGGCUGACAUAUAUCCUCGGAUCGAAAAUUUUGGCUGUCGACCGGAGGGCAACACGGCGUUUUUCACUGUGGGAAAGCUAAUAAAAAUAAAUAUUUUCAUUCGGGCAGUCGGAUUUUUCAAGGUGAAGGUCACGGGAGCAAACAUCACUGACAAACCAUCGCCUGGCGCACAAAUGUGGGGCGACGAGAUUUACAACUUCAAAGUCAGACCAAUGUUGAAUGGACUUCAUUACUAUGCAGUCAAUGUCUCUAACGUAGCAACCUUCCGCUUCUGCACUGUUACCGUUGUUAUCCUGAGUUCUCCACUUGCGGCUCAUUUCAAAAUCCCGCAUUCAAUUCUUCUAAGCUAUAAGGCGAGGUCUGCUACUUUUGACAAGCUGAUCACUACUGAAGGAUGUCAGCAACUCAAUGGGAACUGUAGAACCUCUUAUGGGAGCUUUCCCAUCAAGCCUUCAGACAAGAUUUGCCUGUUUUACGACUUGAAAAUGGCGAGCAUUCAAAUUUCCGACAAUGAAACAGCUGAAGAUGGAGGCCUCGGGGUGUACAAAGACAAAUUCAACAGUGAUCGUUGCCUGCGUUUUCAAAUUGUGGCAUUUGUGGGCACCGCAGCCAACGCCACGCUCCUCAUCUCCCACAAAGAAACCAACAAGUUUGAAGUUCUUCAAAUACUCGAUGACCAACCAGCCUAUCACAGGUUUAGCGAGGUUGGCGCCUACACUAUCCAGGCAAUACUAAGCAACCCCAAAACCAGCAUCAUGACCUAUCAGCAUAUUACUAUUGAUCCAGCAGUUCGAGGCAUGAGUCUCCAUGUGACCGAUUUUUCCCUGAAAACCGGUGUUCCAGGCUUUCUUUUAAUCAACUUUUUAACAAUCGCCGACACUGCUUGCAUCUGUGUCGACCAGGGCGAUGGUAAAAGCGUCGCUUAUCCUUCGUUUAAACUCACAACAGUCUGCAGUCACUGUCCCACAGCAUUCCAUUUGUACCAACGCCCAAUCAACGGACGACUCAACGUGUCCCUCUACUAUCAUUCAGCCGGGACAUAUAAAAUCACUGUGACAGCCGGUCGACCUCAGGAUGCACCUGUUGUGAGCACCCUAGAAAUAACUGUCGAGGACUCUGUGAUUUCUUGCGUUCCCCCUAAAGUAAUAUUUACGGAUCCUAACCUGAGGAAUGCUCUACAACCGCUUCAACUGUACACCACAGAUCACUACAUGAUCACCUGUAAAGUCCUUGCUGCGUCGUCGAACUGCGCACAAAAACCCACCUAUGUGUGGCAAAUUUGGCUGCAAGAUCCGGUCACUGGUGCGGACAUUCGGCUGGUAUCACAAGCCGAACAUUCGACUCAAUUGUGGUAUUUUAUCAAACCAAAGACAUUGAGUCCUGGAAACUACCGUAUUUGUUUGAUUUUAAGAGAAGGUGGUUUAAGGAAAAUUCUCGAGGUGGUUCUGGAUGAAGGCUUCUUUAUUAUCAGUGCGGCACCACUGAUGAUAAGAUUUUUGCACAAUCCAAUGAGUCAUUUCACGGUGUCAGAUGACCUUGCCGAACUUUGUCUCCAACCUGAAAAGUACUCCAUCGAUCCAAAUCACAUUCCCCCAGCACAGAAAAAUAUCUCGUGGGAAAUUACGUGUUCGCAGAGAAGUGGAAAUUCUUCUGCUUCUACAUGUCCCUUGCAAGGAAUGCCUUCAAAAAAUGGCACCUUCUGUGUAUCCGUGAAGCUACUUAAAAAGGACUUCGUCUAUACAUUCGUUGCGAUCGGAACAACACAGUAUCAGGUUGGGCAAGGGCAGUUAGAAGUGACUGUAGCCAAAACCAGAGGCCCACCAGUUUUUAUCAGUUACGCCCAACCAGAACUUGUGUGGGAGGGUUACGAUCGUCGUGCUGCUUUCGUCAGCGCCACCAACACCCUGCAACUCCAUGGCUCAUCCUCUGAUGCCUGUGAUCUACCAUUUCGAUGGAGUCUUUAUUCUACGAAUGGAAAUGGAAGCACAGCUGAAUUGAUGAGAGACGAACUCUGGGAACUAGUUGAAGGCUGGGACUCCGAAACAAUCACCAUCUCCCCUAACGUCUUGGAAUCACUUACGAAGAGGACCACCUCGGGCAAGACUAUGUAUUUGCGCGUGUGCUUGAGUGCUGGUGGCGUCGCCAGCAAAUCGUCUCCCCCCUCUACUUGCCAACAGUUCCUUCCGAUUGGUCCACCAAUUAUCAGCGGCUGUAAGAGCAAUGCUACCGAGGAGAUAUCUUUCAGUACUAUGGUCUGUGUCUCCUGUGAAACAGGAGCUACUUCCCAACCUCUUCAUUUUCGAUAUGACCCGAAUUUUGCGGGACCUUGUACUGACAGUGUGUUGGAGGAUUUCGGGCACCUAAGCGCUCACAUGUAUUCCAUUUCAGUUGUCACCGCCACUUCGCGUCUAACACUUGCAACUACGUACACCUCGACGUAUUGCACCACCAUGCCUUACACCCGCUUGAAUUCGUUCCUCUGCGUUCGAGUGUACGCGCGCUUCAGUAACUUCAUCGAGUACUGCUUUGGUCCAAUGAAGAUUCUCGAAAAGUUGGCUGUUGUGGUCUCCGAGAGCACCGAAAUCGUCAACAGGGCCUCCCUGUCCCAGGCUGUGACGAAUUUUCUAGCACUGGCAAACAGUGCCAGAGACCUGUCGGAUGUCGGACAGGACUGUGUUGUAGAAUUGAUGGAUAAAAUGUCGGCCAAUUUGUUAGACAUCUCCAAAUCAAUGCCGGUAAACGAAAUCCUCGAAAUCGGGACGAAUCUUGCACUUGCUGGCAUGAAUUUAUUUGACGGUCUGAGUGAACAGCUUCUAUCGCCGAUUCCAAGUGAACUUGAUCGGGAUCCAAUUGAAGUCAACUACGACACUGACAUUGAUUCAGAGUUUGUUAUGGAAAAUCCGGAAAUGUCAAUGGAAGAAUUGGCCACUUUUAAUACUGCCGAAGAACAACUAGGUCAUUCUGCCUCGGUAAUGGAGGGUUUCGCUCAUUUGAGCGCCUCCCUGGCCGAGGUUUUGGAAUGCGUCUUGGCUGGAAGUGGAAAGCGGUCGCAUUUGACCACCCGAGCACCCGGAGGCGCCAGCAUGAACUUCUCGAAGUUCAACAACAUCUCCAACUUGCACGAGUUCACUAUCGGUGGCCAGUCGAACGGCACUGGCUCCUCCUUGACAAUUCCUCAUCUUGACGAGGAACUACAGGAUGUCGGAUGUGUGGUUGUUCAGAGCAUCAUCACGCCGACAAAUCUCCUCCCCAAGAGUAACUCCCGUGGUCCCCACAUUCCUUCCAAUUCGGAAACAGUUACUUUAUCGUUUUUCUCAAAAGGGAAGCAAUUAGAAAUCAAUAAAUCGAGAAGGCCCUUCAUUGUCCGGAUCUCUAAGGGCUCGAAUUUCACCUACCCUGAGUUUACCACUGGCGUAGCAGAAGGCGAGAAUGCAAGGCUACCAGAGGCGCUAACUGCCGUUGACGGCAGUCGGAUCUACCAACCGCUGGUUAUGUUGAGCUUCGUCAUUCACGAGGUCGACGUUGCCUUCAGCUUAGAGCUUAGACCAAUCGCGCCAAACGGAACGUGUCCGCAGUACCUGAUUCUUGCAAGACACCUAUUUCCGCCGAAUCUCAUGGUAAAAUCAGAUGGUCUAGGUGAGGACUAUUGGGGCCUUGUGCCGCCGCAUUCAUCGGUUUGCCAAAACACAAAAAUUACGGACGAUGAAAGAGAAAGAAAUUACACCUUCUUCGUGAGUAAUAAGGAUUUCCGAAGAGGCAAGCAAUGGGCACAGUCUCACGCUAGGCAAAUGAAGAUGACUGGUGCAAUGUAUAAUACUUUCUAUGUCGGGUAUCGACAAUUAACCGCCGGUGAGGUUGAUGCCUAUUCGUCGGCAAGGCCCCCGCCUCGUCCAUACCCCCUUGAAGAUCAAAUCAACGUGACGGUGAAGAUGAGGGCUUUCGAAUCGUCCUGCAACCACAUGAGACCCGAGGCACUCACUUGGUCCACGUCUGGGUGCCAGGUCUCCCGUGAAACGACAGCACGAGUUCUGGUGUGUGAGUGCAACCAUUUGACGACUUUCGCGUCAGGAUGGAUGGUUCCAAGUUUGAGCCGCCUUCCUCUCAGAGAGCCAAUUACAAUCGAAGAACGAAAAGAACCAAUCAACCGAUUAAUCAACGCAUCGCUCCUUGAGUUCGCAUUACUAAUUGGUUCGAUUUUAUUGGUUGGCCUCAGGUUGCCGCGUGCUUAUUGGACCGCUGGAGUGGCCAUCAUCAUUAGUAUUCCCGUCAUCUUACCUACAGAUUUCACGUCGACAUGA